GUUUUACCCAAGAUGUAUCAUAGUCCCAUCAUCCUCUUCCUGGUAUGAACGUGUUGACACAUUACACCUAGCUCGGGUGCUAAAAACAAGCGGCUGAAGCGACUGUUUGUGCCAAAUGACACGGUUUUCAAGUGGAGAGACAAUCCCUGAGAGAGGAAAAGAAACCAUCAAAGAAACGCUUGACAUUUGGUUUAUGACACGCGUCACGCGACGUUGGAGUUUGAUUUUCUGCGCACGAGAAAACAAUGUUUCAGGCAAGUUUACAAUGAAGACACGCGCGACAAGGUGAAUGAAAGCCAUUGCUGUUCUGCUCCUGAGUCUGUUUUUACUUUGAGAAAAUGAGGUUUCGGCUGGUCAAAAGGAAUCUGCUCGCGCUCUUGGGUGUUUCCUUUGUAGUCGUGACUCUCUUGUUUUCAACACGUGUAUUAAUAGUCUCCGAUAAUGACACAAGUGGACCCAGUAACGUGGUUCAGGUAAACCGGGGCAUACAUUCUGAUGAAGUGGUGAAGUUCAACUUUGGUUCGCUGCCAGAACUGACUCAGUCCGUGUACAAUGCCAAUUACAAGCAGUGUGUUCACAAUGCGGAUAAGUUUCCAGGGGAGCCUCAACUGGUGCUGGUUGUGCAGGUCCACAACAGGCCUGAAUACCUCAGACUGCUUAUCAAGUCACUGGAGAAAGCUGCUGAGGUCCACAGCUUCCUUCUUAUCUUCAGCCAUGACUAUUUUUCAAAGGAAAUAAAUGCUAUUGUGCAAGGGAUAACUUUCUGCAAGGUACUGCAAAUUUAUUUCCCUUUCAGCACUGAGCUGUAUCCCAAUGAAUUUCCUGGGCAGGAUCCACGAGACUGCCCCCGAGACAUAUCCAAGGACAGCGCUGUCAAAACAGGAUGCCUCAACGCAGAACACCCUGACUCCUAUGGGCACUAUAGGGAAGCCCACAUCACUCAAACCAAACACCACUGGUGGUGGAAAUUGCACUUUGUGUGGGAGCGAGUGCACGCUAUGCAGGGCUACAGUGGCUUUGCAAUCUUCCUGGAGGAGGACAACUACAUCUUACCUGACUUUUUCCAUUUUUAUAAGUCGAUGAUAGAGUUCAGGAAGAACACCUGCCCGGACUGUGACAUGCUAGCUUUGGGUAACCACAAUGGCCUGACUGAUUUUACCAGACUGUACAAUAAGGUGCUGACCACUGGGUGGAUGUCCACUAAACACAACAUAGGUAUGGCCAUAUCCAGGGAGGUGUACUAUAAACUCAUGGGCUGCAGCAACGAGUUCUGCACCUAUGACGACUACAACUGGGACUGGACUCUGCAGCACCUCUCGGGAACCUGCAUACCAAAGCCUCUCAAAGUGCUCGUAGCACAGGGGUCCAGGGUUCUUCACACGGGAGACUGUGGUCUUCACCAGAAGGAGAACUGCAGGCCAGAAUGGGCCUCGCAGAAGGUCGAGGAGGGGCUUAAAAUGGCCAAGGAUGGCCUCUUCCCUCCAUCUCUUACCCUUAAUGGUGCAGAAGCAGUCGAGCACAAGGCACACAUGAAGAACGGAGGAUGGGGAGACAUUCGAGACCAUAUUCUUUGCAAUAACUACGCCAAACGUCUUUGAACUGUAUCUUUUCUCUCAGUAAUAUGCAUGUUCAUUGCUAUUCUGCAAAUGUGCCAUCAUACACAACUUUUCAGGGGUUUAGAGGCUGUAAUGUGUUGUCUUCCAAGAAAUAGAACCAAAUCAAGUCCAAGCAUGUUGCAUGUGCACAACUAGAGUUGAACUUGUUUUUAGAUCUUUAAUUUUCUUUUAAUCACCAAAGCUGCACAGUUGCCAAAGACUUUGUUGAUGUUUGUGUUGUGUAUAAUCCGUGCAAGCUCAGCCAUGCUGUUCAAUUACAUGUCACCAGAUUUAUUUAUCUCUGGGUGUCUUACAAGCCAAAACAGUGGGUUAGAUUUAUUGCACAGUGAUGGGAAAACAGUGACCUGUAAGUGUGUGCAUAUACACAGAAUCAUUUGCAAUUUUUAUUUGCAGAUAUAUUUCCUUGAGUGGAAGCGCUGCAUAGGAUGUUCUUUAUUCACAAAAAGUUCAGUGUGUUAGUGUGUGGGGAAGCAAUGUCAUGGAACAUUCACUCGCAAUGUUUUUUUUCAUGUGUGCUUUUUAUGGUACGGUUUUAUGUGCAAAAAAGAAAAAGCACAUGUAAUGUACAUAGGUAUAGGUAUAAUCAAAAUGUGUAUGACAAUCUUCAAAAUAAUGGGAAGCUCUAGUUUAUUGAGCAGUCGCUGUCUUUGGAGUUGACUUUCCUGUCAACGUGAUUUUUUUUUACACAUAAUGGAGUUUGUUACUGAAUGUAAACUUCAGUUUCUCUCUGUUGUAACUAGAGGUCUUUUUUCUGAGGAGAGUCUGACUGACACCACUUACUUUAUCAGUCUCCUACUCUCUGAUGUACUGAACCCUGGUUGCAACAACGAGAGCUUGAUAUUGAUUUAUUUUUUUGGUUGUCAGUGUAAAUUUGCUUUCUGAUAGGAGGAAGUGACCUUUUGGAGUCUUGUUCAAGAUUUUGUUUCUGAAAACAUCAGUCAUGUGUGACUCUGCAUUUCUAUAUUUGCACCUUCUUAGUUAAAAAAGAAUGAAUUCCAUUGGGAUUUUAGAGAAAAGCAAACACAGAUGUUUCAUUUUCUGGCAUUCAUUCAGUAGUUUAAAAAAAAAAUAUCUCACUUAAGCUGAACUUGCCUUUUUACAGUAUAAAACUAAGAAAACUAACAUGAUCGUAAUGAUUCUGUUAUUGCCUUCAAGCUGACCAAAAGUGCCUUUUGAUACUUCCUUUGUGCCCACACCUGUGUUGAAGUGAUUUUUAAAGGUGAACUGAUGACAUUAUUGUUAUUGAUCUAGUACUUGUAUGACUAUUUGUCAAUGCUGGGGACUCAUGUUUGUUCUGAUAGAUACUUAUGAUUGUGUCUAUUCAUGAGAUGUUGAGGGAAAAAUUGAUGGUGGAUGUUAAUUUCACAAAAAAAUCUUAAUUUUACAAUUUGGUAAAAUUAUUGCCUCACUGUGGCAUCUUGCUUGUGCCCCAGAUAAGUGCCUUAACCUGAUAUCAGUGCAUUGCAGUGUGUCUUAUGGAGAUUCCUGUUCAAGAAAUAUGAAAUGAAUGUGAUAAUAAAGUAAAUGAGAUUAUAUUUUAUGUUGAAAAGCACAAUACAUUAUGAAAGAACAUGGCCUAAUAUGCAAAAAUAAACAUGAUAAUGACUUUCUCUGAUGUGUGUAUGUACAGUAUGUUGUUGGAUGGUUCCUUACUUGGUAAGAUGUAUAGCUGUUGAGAAUGAGACCAACAUUUAUUGUUGUUUUUGCUCUUGUUCCCUCUGAUCAUCACUUGAAAUAGCUGUUUAUUUUUCACUUAAUGUUUGCCAAAUGGGAAAAUAAAAGACGUUGAAUGUU